AUGCAAAAAGAAAGUACACCAGGAGGGCCUCAGCUACUAGCCAGGGGGCCACAACUAAUGCUGCUCAGGAGGAGGACACUUCGGCCUAGGGAGUUGCACCGGGCUCAGUGCCUAGUGCUUCAAACAUGGAUGUCAGGGGAGCUAUCUAGUUGCUCACCCAGAUUGUUGCUACUUGGGCUCAAAGUCAGGGAACAAUUGAUGUUCAUGGGACGGCUGAAGGAUGUUUCCAACACUUGGUAUGAAACAUGGGAGGAGUCUCGAGGGGAGGAUACAGAUCCUGCAACUUGGAAGGAGUUUGCAGAUGCGUUCCUUGAGCACUUUCUACCCAUUGAGGUCUUAGAAUCUAAGGCUUUGGAGUUUGAGAGACUCAAACAGAAUGAUAUGAGUUUGAAUGAGUACUACCUCAAGUUCGUCUCUCUGGCCAAGUAUGCUCCGGAAAUGGUACGUGAUAUGAGGGCCAGAGUUAGGCGGUUUGUGUUAGGGCUUUCAGAUGAUUUGUUUGUUGAUGCUAAUAUAGCUGCUCAGAAUAAUGACAUGACCAUCACUAAGAUGGUUGCCUUUGUUCAAAGGAAUGAAGAUAGGUUGAAGGAAGAAGAGCGGCUACGGAGAGAGAAGGAGAAGGAAUUCAACAAGAGAGCUAAGUCUGUAGGAAAUUUCAACCAUAAGGGAUCCCAAAUAGGAGGCAAUCACCAGUUUUUCAAGAAAUCAAAAUCAGGACCUGCUCCAUCUUCAGCUAGUGCACUGGGCCAUUUCUUGAGGGAUUGUCCAUCGGCAAAGCAGAACAAUGGAGGCAAUGCAGCUCAGUCCACUAAUUCAGCAUCCCAUCAUAACUCUCAGGCCCAACAAGGGCGCCUUGCAGCAAAGUCUAAUAAUACAGGUGGUGGUCGAAACCACUUGUAUGCACUGGCAGACCAUCAGGAUACAAAGGCUCGUGGAGAUGUUGUCACAGACUUAGUAGAAUUGGAGAUGGUAGAUUUUGAUGUGAUCAUGGGAAUGGAUUGGUUAAAGUCCUGUUAUGCCACAGUGGGUUGUAGAACCAAAAUAGUAAGUUUUGAAUUUCCUGGUGAACCAGUCUUAGAAUGGAAGGGUGAUGUAGUAACACCUAGGAGUAGGUUUAUUUCCUAUCUUAAAGCCAUAAAGAUGAUCUCCAAGGGAUAUAUCUAUCACCUAGUUCGAGUUAAGGAUGCAGAUGCUCAGAUCCCCACUCUCCAAUCUGUACCAAUUGUAAAUGAGUUUCCAGAAGUGUUUCCAGAAGAUCUCCCUGGAAUCCCUCCCGAUAGAGAGAUUGACUUUGGAAUUGAUCUACUUCCAGGCACUAAGCCGAUAUUUAUUCCGCCUUACAGAAUGGCUCCAGCAGAGUUGAAGGAGUUAAAAGUCCAAUUGAAAGAUCUUCUAGAUAAGGGAUUUAUAAGGCCAAGUGUCUCACCUUGGGGCACACCGGGUGCCCAGUGUUAUUCCAAGAUUGACCUCAGAUCGGGAUACCAUCAGUUGAAGGUUAAGGAAGUUGAUAUUCCAAAUACAGCUUUUAGGACUCGAUAUGGGCAUUUCAAAUUUUUGGAUCACAAGCUAUAUGCAAAAUUUUCUAAGUGUGAAUUCUGGUUGAAAUUAGUAGCGUUUUUGGGCCAUGUCAUCUCAGGGGAAGGCGUGAAUGUGGACUCUCAGAAAAUAGAGGCAAUGAAGAAUUUGCCUAGACCCACCUCAGUAUCCGAUAUAAGAAGUUUCUUGGGUCUAGCAGGCUAUUAUAGGCGUUUCGUAGAGAGAUUUUCUUCUAUCUUGUCCCCUUUGACUAGAUUAACUCAGAAGCAAGUCAAGUUUCAAUGGUCGGACGCGUGCGAGAAAAGUUUUGAGGAGUUAAAGAAGAGAUUGACUUCAGCUCCAGUCCUGAUACUACCGGAAGGAACCGAAGGGGCUGAAUCCUCCUUAGUAGCCAAAGUAAAAGAAAAACAGUUCAGUGAUCCCUACUUAUUGCAGCUGAAGGAGGGAAUUCACAAACACAAGGAUAUGGCUUUUGAACAAGGGAGAGAUGAUGUGAAGACUACAGAUUCGGCCGAGGAUUAUGCCAAGUUGUAUAUCAAAGAAAUUGACCGAUUUCAUGGGACUCCUUUGUCCAUUAUCUCAAAUCAUGGUGCUCAGUUCACAUCAAACUUUUGGAAAUCCUUUCAGAUGGGAUUGGGCAUAAGGAUGAACCUCAGCACCGCUUUUCAUCCUCAGACAGAUGGCCAGGCGGAACGCACCAUUCAGACUCUUGAGGAUAUGUUGAGGUCACUUGUGGUUCCUACAGAGAUUAUAGGGGUUAAAGACAGCCUGUCUUACGAAGAAAUUCCAGUGGCUAUUCUUGAUCGUCAAAUCCGCAAGCUCAGAACUAAGGAAAUUGCUUCAGUAAAAGUGCUUUGGAGGAAUCAAAAGGUUGAAGAGUCUACAUGGGAAGCCGAGGAGGACAUGAAGUCCAGAUAUCCCCAUCUCUUUGAAGAGCAAAAGGAUAAUGUGGAAGGUGCGGAGCCGCAGAAGCAGCUAGGAGAGCCGCAUAUGCGAUUUUUGGCUGGAAGUCUAAGGACCGCAGAUGCGGUAAUCUCACCGAAGAAGUGGGACCGCACCUGCGGGAGUCGAGGCGCAGAAGUGGAAAGGGGAUCCUGGGGAGAAACUGCAUGA